CUGCCAUUUCCUUUGCUCAUCGAUAGCUCGGCGCUCGGCCUCGUGACUGCCUGCCGCUCGGUGAUGGCGACUCCGCGGGCGGAGGCACGUGGCCUCUUCCGCAAAGGGGUCGAGGCUGUCCUGGGCAGCUGGCCUGCUCUGCAGGUCGCAGUUGAAAAUGGCUUUGGAGGGGCAUACAGCCAAGAGAAAGCUGAAUGGAUGGUGGAGGCUGUGGAGCAAUACUUUCAAAGCAAUGCUGACUUGGAGCUGGAUGAGAUAGAAGAUUUCCUUGCCGAGUUGAUGAACAAUGAAUUUGACACUAUGAUAGAAGAUGGAAGCUUAGCUCAGGUAAGCCAGCAAUUGUGCCUGUUCUUUGGUCAGUGCCAGCAGGGAGAGGGAGCAGCAGUGCACGAAGCCAUUGUCCGGCUGGCUCAGAAGAAGCAAGAGGCAAAGGUGGCAGCUGCAAAAUCAAAGCCAGCAGAAGAAAGCAGCAGUGAGGAGGAACAGGGGACUGAGGAAGAGGCUAUGGACUGCAGUGCUGCCCCCAGCAUGAAUGGAGCACAGCCCAGCCCACCACCUUCCUCCGGUGCAGAUCCUGAAGAUGGCUGGACCUUGGUGAGGAAGAAAAAGAAAUGAAGAACAAGGGGCAGGCACCACGACUGCAGGAGUUCUGGUUGAGCUGGUGCGGCAGGGACAUGGCUGGGGAAAUGGGAUUGUGUGAUUCCCCUUACCCCCAGCUGCAAGAGACUAAUAUUUAUUUUUAAAGCAUCAAAAGGAGCAACUUGGAUGACAGAGAUGUUUUUGGUCUCUGCGUGUGAGGCUUCUGCACAGGCCUAAGUAUAUUGUGCAGACACAGCUGCUUGGUCCCUCUGCUCCUUACUUGGUAAAGGCUCUCCUGCGCUGAAGGGAACGCAGGUUCAGGGCCCAAAGGGCUGAGGAUCCUUGAAGGGAUUUUCUUUUCAAUACACGGGAGGCCAUCUUCCACCUCUGCCACCUCCUUGUGCUUAAAAACAGCUGUUUUAGCAGCAGGGUGGGUUCUUUUGCAAGGAAAUAUCUUCUUCCAUGGCAGGACACUGAUUUCAACAUCUCCAUUG